UUUAUUAAUCAUUGUCCUAAUUAAAAUGGUGGAGUUUUUCAAUACUAGUUUGAUGAAACUCGUUAUUACACUUUGCGUGCUCGUUAUUUCCGUUACGGUCCCGAUAGUCGAGGCGAAGAUUCGGCACUACAAAUGGGAAGUGAAGUACGAGUUCAAAUCCCCCGAUUGUUACAAGAAACUCGCGAUCACAAUCAACGGACGAACUCCCGGCCCGAGCAUCGUCGCUCAACAGGGAGACACAAUUGUUGUCGAGCUCAAGAACAGCUUGCUUACUGAAAAUGUUGCAAUCCAUUGGCAUGGCAUUAGACAGAUUGGUACACCUUGGAUGGAUGGUACAGAAGGGGUGACUCAGUGCCCAAUUUUACCUGGUGACACUUUUAUCUACAAAUUUGUAGUUGACAGACCUGGGACAUAUUUGUAUCAUGCACAUUAUGGUAUGCAAAGAGAAGCCGGUUUAUACGGGUCGAUCCGCGUAUCGCUUCCCGACGGAGAAUCGGAGCCGUUUCGUUACGAUUACGAUAGAAGCAUAAUUCUCAAUGAUUGGUACCACAGGAACACUUAUGAACAAUCUACUGGUCUUUCUUCUAAACCCUUUGUUUGGGUUGGAGAGCCUCAGUCAAUUUUGAUCCAAGGUAGGGGAAGAUUCGAUUGCGGCACACCCGGGAUUGCAUCCGGGCUAUGCAACGCGACGAACCCGGAAUGUGCACCUUACACUUUAACGGUUGUACCGGGGAAAACUUACCGCCUCCGGAUCGGAUCCCUCACCGCGCUAUCGGCAUUGAGUUUCGAAAUCGAGGGCCAUAAUAUGACUGUAGUCGAAUCCGACGGUCACUACGUCGAGCCGUUCGUUGUGAAGAAUCUAUUCAUCUACUCGGGCGAAACCUACUCUGUUCUGAUCAAAGCCGAUCGAGACCCUUCUAGAAACUAUUGGGCUAGUGCCAAAAUAGUCAGUCGAAAUAGCACGACCCCUAACGGCUUAGCCGUUUUGAACUACUAUCCUAAUCACCCGAGAAGAAAACCUGCAUCAAAUCCCCCUGUGGGCCCGCAGUGGGACGAUAUUGUCCCUAGACUGGCCCAGAGCUCGAAAAUCAAGUCCCACCGCGGCUUCAUCCACGCCCCCCCUCUUACGUCGGAUCGCGUGAUCGUCAUGCUCAACACGCAGAACGAGAUCGACGGCCACCGUCGGUGGUCGGUCAACAACGUCUCGUUCAGCCUCCCGCACACGCCCUACUUGAUCGCGUACAAGCAUAACAUGCUGCACGCGUUCGAGCAGAGGCCGCCGCCGGACAAUUACGACUCGAAGAACUACGAUAUUUUCAGCGUGCAGAAAAAUUCCAACGCCACCGCUAGCAACGGCGCGUAUAGAUUGAAGUUCAACACGACGGUGGAUAUCGUACUGCAGAAUGCGAACACGAUGAAUAAGAACAAUAGCGAGACACACCCGUGGCAUCUCCACGGCCACGAUUUCUGGGUCGUGGGCCAUGGGUCGGGUAAAUUUGAUUCAAUUGAGGAUCCGAAGAGAUACAACUUGGUCGACCCGAUUAUGAAGAAUACAGUCGCGGUCCAUCCGUUCGGAUGGACCGCACUGCGAUUCCGGGCCGAUAACCCGGGUGUUUGGGCUUUCCAUUGCCAUAUAGAAUCCCAUUUCUAUAUGGGAAUGGGUGUGGUUUUUGAAGAAGGGGUAGAAAAGGUAGGAAAAUUGCCAUCAUCUAUUAUGGGAUGUGGUGAAACCAAAGGUUACAUUAGACCUUAAAAUUAAAUUUUAGUUACUCCUUUUCUUUUAUAUGUUAUUUGCCAUUUUAUUUUCAUGUAAAUAUCAUUCAUUAAAGUCCAUUUGUUUA